AUGGCUAGCGUGAGGAGGAAGCGACACAGGAGUGACAAGGAAGAAUACGGGCCUGCAAGACUGUUCCAAGAGGGCGACUCCGCGAGGGACCAGGCCCGACCUCACCGGGUGGCCAUAGCGGUUUUGCCCGUGGGGGCGCUCGAUUUCGGCUGGAGCGUGGGACAGAACCGGCCGCUGGAUGAACGUCAUGCUCGCAGACUAUGCGGGAUCUUCGAGCAAGGGGGCCUCAACCGAAAGGCGCAGGAGAACUACCUCCGCGUCCUGUGCAGCGGUGCGGAUGUGCAGCGGAUGCUGACGCACGUGCGGCGCGGGGAGUCUUCUGCCGACCGCGGCGUGGAUACCGUACACGACUUCCGCGACUGGAUGAGCGUGAACGGAGGUCGUAAAGCAGAGCUGAUUGCCGGCCAGCACCGGGUCAGAGCGCUCGGCAUGUAUCUACAGGAGACGGGGCGCGGCGAGGAAGAGGCGUGGUGGACUUGCGAGUUCUACGACCAAGAUCAUCUACCUCUCGAUCUCAACAUCAAGCUCCGCGUAAACCGCCGAGACCCGUCGCUCCCGGACAGCCACGGACAGAUCUGGGCGCAGCUGGUGUCGGCGGCGUCGCAAGUCCCGGGUGAGCUGUUCCGAGGAAAGAACCUGGAGAUAGAGAACCAGAUGCUGGAUUUCUUACAGCUACGCAGCGACGCCCGGUUCCCGACCAGACGCCUGGUUACGCUGUGGAAGAACGCGAGAUGGAAGAGCAUGAUCACGCGGUGGUGUGAGACGAGCCUCGGGCGGGCCACGUUUCAGGUAUCUACAUGGGAGUGGAUGUCCAGCUGCAGGAUCGACGACUUUUGGUUCUCGGCGUUCCGGAGCGUGCUGUCGACGCUGACGCAGCUCCCGGGCGUGCCCGCAGACAAGCUGCCGGCGGCAGACUGGGCGAUGUUCUCGACAUCACUGCCGGCCGGCUACACGGACGCGCAGGCGGCCGAGCUCUUCUACCCGGGCUCGGAGGCCGGUACGGCUACGAGGCGCCGGCCCGACUUCCUCGCCAUGCUGGGGGACGACGACUACCGAAAGGUGUACGAGCGCGUCGCGGGCGGCAGGCCGAGGCUGCGGUUCGUCGACGUGCAGAGCCUGCUCCGGACCUCCAAGGAGGACGGCCGGGUCAUGGUUCAGGUGCUAAGCCACGUGGUCGCCUGGCUGAACCCCGACCCGACGCGGGUACAUGACAAGCGGGACAACAACAAGCCGCCCCUGUGGAAGGACCUGGUGCCGGGGCUGCAGGCCUGCUCCGAAGAGCAGAUACGAUCGGGCGCGAAACGGCUCUGGACGGAGGGAGACGCACCGUCCGGGGCCGAGGGCGCCGCCAGGCUCCUACAGCAGGAGGUGCUCGAGUUUGUACGGGGCAAUACGGCAGCGUUCAAGGGCGCAUCGACGAAGCAGCACCUGGACCGCCUCCCGGAGGCCGCGGGCGAGCCGCUGUACGCGCAGCGGUUCCUGGACCAGACCUCCUGGGGCCGCGUCCUCACCAUCGUGAGGCAGUACGUCGGUGCCGAUUUCCAGCCUACAUGGGCAACCUCGGGCAGCCCCGGACGGGCGUUUUCCAACAAGCCCGUGUCGGACCUGACCCGUGCUAUCUGCGCGGCCAGCCGGACGGCUCCAGAGGUCGCGCGCAACCCGGCACUGAGCACCAGGCACGCGCUGGAGGCGCUCGGGACGCUGAUAGACGAGGCAGUACUACGGUGGGCGGCCCAGCAGUGUGAACAGGCGCCGGAGAAGCGGUCGGAUCCUGCGGGAAGGACAUGGCCGGCGGAGACCGUAGCAGAGGGCCGGAUCGAUCCGCCGGCGAGCUCAGAGCCCAGGGCGGGCGAGAGCGAGAGCAGCGGCAACAGCAGCCGCCCACGGCUAGAGCAGCAAGGAACCACAGCCGCGCGGGUGGGUGGCGCGUCGGCAGUCGAGCCUCCGACCGGUGGCAGGGCACAGGUUGGAGAAGGCAGCGGUAGGAGCCGGCCGCAGCGGAGACCGCUGCCCUCCUCGUGGGGGCUUCGGGCGGUAGAAGAGGACAGGCAGGUGGUGCAGGAUCCCCCUCGCAGGAUUUCUCCCCGGUCGUCGCCGCCGCUCCCGUUGAGCCCCGGUGGGGGCGGUAGGGGGAUUUCUCAGAAAGGCAGGAACAAGCAGUCUCCCGCCUGGGCGCGAGGGACGAGCGCCCCCACCGCGGACGACGAGUUCGGGUUCGACCCCGAGAACAUCGGCGAGGAGUAUAACGACGGCCUUAGUGGAUAUGCCUCGCCGGAAUCCGUCGAUCGGCUCUAUCUCAGCGAUGCCGGCAGCGGUGAAGACGGCGGCACCAACCCGCACGAGGCACAAUGGCGGGUCGACCACGCGUCGGGCGACUACAAGCUGAAGGCCGAGUCGUUCAUAUCCAAGACUCGACGGCCCGAUUUCGACGGAGCGCAGGCGCUGGAGAUGGUCCACCGGCGAUACACCAUCGACUACGCGUCCAGGACGGCGGGAUCGAGGCCGGCGAGCGACGACGACGGAUACUACCCCGUGUUCCAUCUCGACAUGCUCAGCGUCGUCGGACGGGCGCUCCGGCCGGUCACGGCCCGCAGCCGGCGGAUAUUCGACAACGUGACGGUGACUUUCCAGAGGUGGAGCGCGCCGUACGGCUCGAGGCACACGGCGAGCGGCCUCCCGUUCGAGCUCGCCGGCCGCACGUUUCGAUUCGCGACCGGGGCGACGCGGGAGGUCUGGUUCAUCGUCAUGCACCCGGUGCAGGCGCCGAUGGCCGAGCUGCCGUACGCGGGGAAGGGACGGCGGAAGGGGCAAGGCCCGUCGUCGCAGCGCAGCGCCCUGGAGCGGCAUCACGCCGAGGUGCUCGCCUCGUACAUUAAAGACAUCUUCCUGGAGGGCGAGCUGCUGGGCGAGGGGAUCGAACCGUCGUGGAGGCUGGACGGGCGGCAGUCGCAAACGAUCUCGUAUGACAAGUGGGCCACAUUCCAGGAGCUCUUCAUGGAGGGCUGGGCGGGAAUGGUGGCGCAAUACGCGCACGACGCCUUCUGGCUGGAGAACGAGCCAGCCUUCCACGCGUACGACCACGGGGCCAACACGGUCAUCGAGGUCGGCGGGGCGCUACAGGACCUCCCCAUGGAGAUACGGCUCCGGCCCGACGAGAACAGCGAGGACAGCGAGGACAGCGAGGACAGCGAGGAUAGCGGGGAUAGCGGGGACAGCAUCAGCGAAAGCAGGAACGAGGAUCGCGAUAGUGACGACACCAGCCAGGACCGGCCCCGCCCCAGGCGCAGCACGAACGGCGAGUCGAGCAUAGCAUCGGCGGCGGAAGGCUUGUCUCCGGGCGGGGAGGACGGGCAGGAUGCGAGCGGCGAGGGCGAUGCAGAUGGGGACGCGGGCCCGGGCCUGUUCAGCGGGGAGCUGCUGGCGUUGCGCUCGGAGCUGCAGGAAAAGUACAAGCUCGAGAAUAUCGAGCAUUUCUCGUACGCGCUCGCGGUGGACGUCAACUGCGCGGACGCCGUGGACGGGACGCCGGUCUGUCUGCUGGCGGAUCGGAAGAGAGUGGCCGGGCAGUACGGGAGCGGGCGGGACUUCACGUUCUACCCGCUCGCGUUCCACCCGAGGUUCGGUAACUUCUCGUCGGCGCGGCCGCCGGCGUACCUGUCACACCUGUGCGCCAUCAUGAGGGAGAACGCGAGCUACGAGAACGAGGGCGCGGACGUGCUCUCGUUCGGCAAGAAGCGACUGCUCGGGCAGCUGUGCGGGGGCCUGACGCCGGACGCGCCAGAGUCGUCGACGCCGUUCGCGCGGGAGAGACAGCGGCUGGAGGCGGCGGUCGACAAGGGCGAGUUCGCCUUCCGCAUGGAGCAGGUGGUGACGGUGAGGGUGUCGCGUCUCCUCCGGGAGAAGCGGGACUUCAGUACCGUGCUGCACCCCAUCUUCCAGCUGAUGCGCUUCUUCCUGAUAGACGUCGGCUCAUAUACGCCCGUCCUCCGCAGGUUCCCCCCGCCCGUGUUCCCCGCGGUGCUCGGGUCGUUCGCGAGGGUCUUCGAGCUGGCCCUCGGCGAGAUGGAGAGGCGGUUCCGGUGCAACGGCGACAAGGGCCUGGGGCUGGCGCUGUCCGAGGGCACCGCGGCGCUCGACCGGCUCGGAAACUUCUGCUUCACGGGGGACCCGAGGGUGCUCCCGUCCACUGUGCUCGGGCCGCUGGGGACGAUAGAGAGCCUGCAGACGGGGGCGUGGCCGUUCCUAGCGCCGGACAUGCUGGACCUCCGGGAGAAGCACGGCCUGACCAACACCGAGAAGUGGCCACGGGACGGGGGCGGGCAGCCGAUCCUGAUGCACGUGGCGGCGCUGGCGUUCCACUACGGGCCGGCCGUCGCGGCGAGCCGGCAGAGCCAGCUGUGGUUCGGCGAGAUCGGGAGCCGUGGCAUCCGGCACCUGUCGGGCGCGGUCCAGUUCAUGGAGAAGGUGUUCCGCGAGCUGUGGGUCCCGCAGACGAUGUCCUUCGUCGCGUACCAGCUGCGGCGGCGUAUCAACCAGGGCCGCCGCGGCCAGCUGGACGGCGGGGACGGUGUAGAACAGCGCGGCGCGGCGAAGGUGGCCGUGGACAGGUGGUUCGAAUGCGACGAGCCGUUCACGUGGAGGGAGUACGAGGCCCUUGUGGGCGCGGUGUGCCCGGAGGGGCGGGGCGGCAUGGCCAUCUCGCCCAAGGCGAGGCACGACUUGGCCGUGGAGAUAUACGACGCGUGCGUGGGCAAGAAGACGUCGCGGCCAGCCGCGAUUUCGUCCAUGCACGCCACGUGGCUGCCGAUGCUUAGAGCGGCGAUGCUGCACACGAGCGGUGACGUAGUAUCGGCAGACCAGUGGGUGGACGGGCUGGCGACGGCGAUGGCGGUGAGCGGGGUCGAGUGGACGCCCGGAUCGCACCGGGGCAGGAUGACGUGCGCCAGGGUCAUACGGCUGGGCGGGGCGGUCGUGAGCAAGCCGGCGCUAGCGGCGCGGCCGGGGAGCCUGAAGCGGGCGGCGAUCGAGGCGUCACAGCAACUGGAGGCGGCGGCGGGGCGGUCAAAGAAGGCGAAGAGGCGGGUGAUCGGCUUCGGCUGCCAAGUCCCGUUCGAGAGGCUGCCGAGGCUGGUCGAGGACGGGUUCGAGCGGCUCGGGCGGAUCUUCGAGAAAGGGGACCGGCGUAUCCUAGACCACUAUCAGGCGGCGCGCAACCUGCUGGAGAGCUGCCUCGGCGAUCCGCUGUACGACCUGAUGAUGAUGCUGACGCUGACGGUGGCGGCGUCCUCGGUGACGCCGCAGGUGGCGCCGGGAAGUCGGGAGUUCAGCGCGGCGGCGAAGCGGAAGGAGCCGGAGCUGCUAGCCGCGAACAUGGUGACGCGGAUGUUGUGGUUCAUGCGCCCGCAGUCGUUCCCGUGGGAUGCGGACGAGAAGGGCGUGCUCCGAGUAACGGAGAUGACGAAGAAGAUUGAACACAAGGGCGUAAACAACCGCGUGCUAAGGGAGCUAGGGUGGAUAGACGUGCAGGGUCGGCGCGACAGCCCGCGGAAUAGCGACUGUAAGCUGCGGUCGCCGGAAGAACUAUACAAGCUGCGGCGGGACCUGUUGUCGUUGAGGAAGGAGCCGGAAGCGUUUAUCCUAAAGGUGUUUCGGAGCGCCGAUAGGGUGUGGGUCGAUAGGUGUUCGUCCAUCGUUGUCGAUCGUUGA